UAUUCUCUUUUUCUAUCUCUGAUUUACUUCUCUCUCACUCAGCCAUACACUGGCUUACCUCCAUUUUUAUACCCUUAUUAUUAUUAUUAUAAUAUAAUUGUCUCUCUCCUUCGACUUGCAUAGUUAAAACGCUUUCUCUGUCUUCUCUGUACUUGACAACUGGAAAUCAGAUAGAUCAUACAGUUUUGUUUGCUGGAUUUUCUUUCACUUUCUGGCUACCCAAACAAUUACAUUUUUUCCAGCUCCAAAAUCACUGGAACUUUACUUUGCUCUUGAUUAUUUGGUCAGUGUUCAGUUCAGGAGCUGUCUGUUGAUUUUAGCUGGGUGUCAAUUGGCUGCAAUUGAACUAGUUGGACUUCAGUGAUCUUUGUGGUGGUCACAAGUGUGGAUUUGCUAGGGUUUGAAAAGGGUAUUAAAUGUGUUGAUUGUGAAUAGAAGGGUCUGGUUUUCUUGAAAAUGGUGAGUAGAUUAUUGUUUUGUUCGUGAUGUCGCGAACGGAUAGAAUGGCCGCGGAUCUUAGUAGGACUGGGCCAGUUGAAAGAGACAUCGAGCAGGCCAUCACUGCUCUAAAGAAGGGGGCUUAUUUGCUGAAGUAUGGGAGAAGGGGAAAGCCAAAGUUUUGCCCUUUCCGUCUUUCCAAUGAUGAAUCAGUUUUGAUAUGGUUCUCAGGGAAAGAGGAGAAACAUCUCAGACUAAGCCAUGUAUCUAGAAUCAUAUCUGGGCAACGGACUCCAAUCUUUCAAAGAUAUCCCCGACCUGAGAAGGAAUACCAGUCUUUUUCCCUUAUAUAUAAUGACAGAUCUCUGGAUUUGAUCUGCAAAGAUAAAGAUGAGGCUGAGGUAUGGUUUAGUGGUUUAAAAGCAUUAAUUUCACGUAGUCAUCAUCGAAAAUGGAGAACAGAAUCAAGGAGUGAUGGAAUUCCAUCUGGAGCAAAUAGUCCUAGGACAUACACUCGUAGAAGUUCUCCUUUGAAUUCUCCAUUUGGUAGCAAUGACAGUUUGCAGAAGGACGGAGAUCAUCUUCGUCUUCAUAGUCCAUAUGAAAGUCCCCCUAAAAAUGGUCUAGAUAAGGCAUUUUCUGAUGUGAUAUUAUAUGCUGUUCCUCCCAAGGGAUUUUUCCCCUCAGAUUCUGCUAGUGCUUCAGUACAUUCUUUGUCAUCUGGAGGCUCAGAUAGUGUAGAUGGUCAUAUGAAGGCGAUGGCAAUGGAUGCCUUUAGAGUUAGCCUAUCUAGUGCUGUUAGCUCAUCAAGCCAAGGUUCUGGUCAUGAUGAUGGUGAUGCCCUAGGAGAUGUAUUCAUUUGGGGAGAAGGGACAGGAGAUGGCGUCCUAGGUGGUGGAACUCAUAGAGUUGGAAGUGGUUUGGGUGUGAAAAUGGAUUCUUUAUUGCCUAAAGCUUUAGAAUCUACUGUAGUACUUGAUGUCCAGAAUAUUGCCUGUGGUGGACGACAUGCUGCCUUAGUUACUAAGCAAGGGGAGAUUUUUUCUUGGGGAGAGGAAUCAGGAGGCAGGCUUGGGCAUGGUGUAGACUCUGAUGUUUCGCAUCCGAAGCUUAUUGAUGCCCUCAGCAAUAUAAACAUUGAACUUGUGGCAUGUGGUGAGUACCAUACAUGUGCUGUAACACUUUCUGGUGAUUUGUACACAUGGGGUGAUGGCACUUACAAUUUUGGUCUUCUUGGACAUGGAAAUGAAGUAAGCCACUGGGUACCAAAAAGAGUGAAUGGACCCUUAGAAGGCAUACAUGUUUCAUAUAUCUCUUGUGGACCCUGGCAUACAGCAGUUGUAACUUCUGCUGGGCAAUUGUUUACUUUUGGUGAUGGCACAUUUGGUGUUUUGGGCCAUGGAGAUCGGAAAAGUGUUUCACUACCAAGGGAAGUGGAGUCCCUUAAAGGACUCCGCACAGUAAGAGCAGCCUGUGGCGUUUGGCAUACUGCUGCAGUUGUGGAAGUUAUGGUUGGAAAUUCUAGUUCUAGCAAUUGUUCUUCAGGAAAGCUGUUUACUUGGGGCGAUGGAGAUAAAGGUCGACUUGGCCAUGGUGACAAGGAAGCAAAACUAGUGCCUACUUGUGUUGCUGCUCUAGUUGAACCCAACUUUUGCCAAGUUGCAUGUGGACAUAGUCUUACAGUAGCGCUUACUAACAAAGGCCACGUCUACACAAUGGGCAGUCCUGUAUAUGGGCAGUUAGGAAACCCCCAUGCUGACGGAAAGCUGCCCACCCUUGUUGAAGGAAAGCUGUCCAAGAGUUUUGUUGAGGAGAUUGCUUGUGGUGCUUAUCAUGUUGCAGUUUUAACUUCAAAAACCGAAGUUUAUACGUGGGGCAAGGGAGCAAAUGGACGAUUAGGUCAUGGGGAUACUGAGGAUAGAAAUUUCCCAUCAUUGGUCGAAGCCUUGAAAGACAAGCAAGUAAAAAGUAUUGCUUGUGGCACUAAUUUUACUGCAGUUAUCUGCCUUCACAAGUGGGUUUCUGGUGUUGAUCAAUCUAUGUGUUCUGGCUGCCGCCUUCUUUUUAAUUUCAAAAGAAAACGGCACAACUGUUAUAAUUGUGGACUAGUUUUUUGUCAUUCAUGUAGCAGCAAAAAGUCUCUUAAGGCUUCCAUGGCACCAAAUCCAAACAAACCUUAUCGUGUCUGUGAUAAUUGCUUUAAUAAACUGAGAAAAGCUAUUGAAACUGAUGCUUCAUCUCACUCCUCUGUAAGUAGGAGAGGUAGUAUCAAUCAUGGGUUUAAUGAUUUCAUUGAUAAAGAUGACAAGUUAGACUCUAGAUCUCAUGCACAACUUGCCAGGUUUUCAUCAAUGGAAUCCUUGAAGCAAGCAGAAAACCGAACCAAGAGAAACAAGAAACUGGAGUUCAACAGUAGCCGUGUUUCCCCUGUUCCUAGUGGAGGCUCCCAAUGGGGAGGACUUAAUAUUUCUAAAUCUUUUAAUCCAAUGUUUGGUUCAUCCAAGAAAUUUUUCUCAGCUUCUGUUCCUGGAUCACGAAUUGUUUCUCGAGCAACAUCACCAAUAUCAAGACGACCUAGCCCUCCUCGCUCAACAACACCAACCCCAACUCUGGGUGGACUAACCUCACCAAAAAUAGUUGUAGAUGAUGCUAAAAGAACAAAUGAGAACCUCAGCCAAGAGGUUGUUAAAUUGAGAGCACAGGUGGAAACCCUUACUCGCAAAGCCCAGCUUCAGGAAGUUGAGCUGGAAAGGACAACUAAACAGCUGAAAGAAGCAAUAGCAAUUGCGGGAGAAGAGACUGCUAAAUGCAAAGCAGCAAAGGAAGUCAUCAAGUCACUGACUGCCCAAUUAAAAGACAUGGCUGAAAGGCUACCAGUAGGAGCAGCUCGAAAUAUCAAAUCACCUUCAUUCGGCUUGACUCCUGCACCCAAUGAUGUUCCUAAUUUGUCUGCUGAUCGUCUGAAUGGGCAAAUAACAUCCCAAGAACUAGACACGAAUGGAUUAACCAGCCAAUUGCAAUCUAAUGGCUCUAACAUCAAUAGCGUCCGUAAUUCUGCUCAUAACAAGCAAGGCCAUUUAGAAGCAGCAGGUAGAAAUGGAAACAGAAUGAAAGAAGGUGAAUUACAUAAUGAGGCUGAAUGGGUAGAGCAAGAUGAGCCAGGAGUAUAUAUAACACUUACCUCCCUGCCAGGAGGUGUCAAGGAUCUUAAACGAGUACGCUUCAGUCGAAAGCGGUUCAGUGAAAAGCAAGCAGAACAAUGGUGGGCAGAGAAUAGGGCAAGGGUAUACGAACAAUACAAUGUGCGCAUGAUUGACAAGUCAAGUGUUGGUGUGGGAAGUGAGGAUUUGGCUCACUAGCAAAUGGAAAAAAUAAAAUAGUAUUAUUAUAUAUAUAUAGAAAUCCCUGUAGAUGCAAUGUUCUUUUUAAUUUUUCAGUUCCUCAUACUGGGAAGGCAAUCUUCGCAAUCAGGUUUGGCUUACCAAACCCAAUCAGAUAUGGAUUCUAUCCUUCAGUGAGUUUAAGGAAGCAAAUACAGCAAUACAAGGAGAGUGAACCACAGAAGUUUGAUUGUGUUUUCAUUUUUUUAACCCUUUUUUCCUUUCUCUAAUGUUUUUCAUGGUUUUUUAAAAUUUUUCCCUAUAUAUAUAUGUACGGUGUGUGGGGGGUUGAGGGUGAGAAAUGUAAAUUCUUAGUAGGUUGCUGGCUCUUGUUAAAAGCAGCUGCAAUGUAAAUUCAUAAAGCGAAUGCAUUACAGAUUUUUCAUCUUCUUUGGUUUAUAAAUUCAGUUCAGGCUUGUUGAUAUCAGCUGUCAA